GCUAUUUGAGGUGAGCACUUCGUCCUCUAAUGUAGUCGUUCUUGAGCCAGCGUGUAAUUAUAUUUGGAGUUGUACUUUAUACUUCCUGACUUUUUCAAGUUGAAUCUAUAUCAAACGAACAUGACUGAAAUGAUGGCAAUGGGUUAUGAAGGGUUUUAUGAUAUGCAUUCUAGUCCAUUAAAACGUGAAGAAAUUUAUGAUUAUAAGUCACGAGGAACGUACAUGUGCAAUCUCUCAGGUUUAACAUCACCUACAACUUCAGAACAUUGUUCAUCUAUUGGUAGUAGUUUUCGUACGGAACAAUGUAGCAGUAGUACUUCAAGUAAUGAAUAUGAAAGUUUACUCGAUUUAGAUUUUAUUCUUGAGAAUAGCGCUACACAAAAAGCAAAUAAUGUAUCUAAUAAUUUAUAUAAUUGCACUUAUUCUAAUUCUGUUAUGAAUGUUAAUUAUUCUUUCGCUAAAUCGCCAGUAUCUCAACUACGACCUGUUUAUUCAGAUGUGAUCUGUUCACAGAAUUCUAAUUCUUUUAGAAAUUCAAAUACAAAGUAUUAUUAUGACCUUGGUUCAAAUAAUUCACCAAUUGAAAUAAAACAAGAGCCUAUUUUCCCCGAAAAUUCUGAAUAUAAACAUUGUUCAGAAAUCAAUCAAAAUAAUUCAUAUAAUUGGACUACAAAUGUACCGAAUAAUUGUAACUAUAAUUCAAAUUGUAGUGCAGUACUAGAUACAGGGCAUUAUAUACAAACUACAAAUGAUUCAAGAACUGGGGAAUUGCAAUCUCAGCAUUCUUCCUCUUCUCUUGCUUAUAUGCCUUCGGUUAUUCCAACAACAGAUAUGCCACCAGUAGAUCCAUACCAAAAUUGCCAGUCAAGUUUACAAAAUCAAGAGCAAUCUUCUUUACGAUUUUAUCCCAAUGUUGCAAAUCUUACUAACGCUGUCAAUGGUAAUAUUAUGACUGAAAACAAUAUCGCAGCUGUUUAUCUACCACAAAACAAUCGAGUUGAUCAUUCUCAACUUCAUCCUAUGCCUCCAACUUGUUCCGUUAUAAAUACCAUAAAUGAUAAUAGUACAGUACAUGCUGUCAAUAAUAUGCAAGAUUACCGCAGUGCAACACAAAACGCAAAUUAUUAUAUGAAUAUGUAUAAAAUUGAUGAUACAAAUCUUCCAGUGAACACAACUUUUCGAGUACUAGCACCAAGAGCUGUAUCACCCACUCAAAAUCUUGGAUUUGGACCACUAAAUACCACAUGUGAUAAUCCUGUUUACCGGAACUCUUCAUUAGUUUCUACCCACAUUAAUAAUAUCGGUAGAAAUAAAAGUUCAGCUAUGGAAUUAGGAAUUGAAUCUCAUCAGGAUAUUCUUGGAUGUAACAUGGGUGGACCUGGGGAAGUUCCGUUAAUACCUAUGCGUCGGACACGUACCAAUAAAACUAAGGGUGAUACUUCAACUAAAGGAACUGGAAGUAAUUCCACCGGUAGAACUAAAAAGUCAAUAGCUUUAAUUCAUACUUGUCCUUUUAGCACAUGUGCAAAAGCAUAUUCUAAGAGUUCACAUCUUAAAGCUCAUAUGCGUGUACACACUGGAGAAAAACCUUUUCCAUGUGAUUGGCCUGGUUGUGCUUGGAGAUUCGCCCGAUCAGAUGAAUUAACACGUCAUUAUAGAAAACAUACUGGUGAUCGACCAUUUCAGUGUAGAACAUGUCAUCGAGCUUUUGCACGCAGUGAUCACCUUACUUUACAUAUGAAGAAACACCAAAGUGGUAACUAACUGUGUACUUAAAUAGUUUGUAUUAUUAGAUGUGAAAUUAUACUGUUUAACAAAACACUGAACACUAAUUAUACGCUUCCAUUAAUUUAAACCAUGGUAUUAUUAUUGUUAUUGCUACUAUUAAUACUACUACUAUUAUCAUUAUUAUUAUUACUAUCAUCAUCAUCGUCAUCAUCACUAUUCUCUUAUUCAAUUCUCAAGUUUAAUCAACAUCACAUAUGUGAACCAUAACUUCCUGAUUACUAACGCUCAGUAUAUACAUGGGCAGCAUUUCCUAGUGCAUUUAGUAGCAAACGAACAAUUAAAAAAAACAUGUUAUUGGGUCAUCUGGCUUUUUCGAAUCAUCAGUGUUUUAUUCAGUUUGGUGUUUAUGUGGCUCAACAGAAUUAACGUGAUACUACUACUACUACUACUAAUAAUAAUAAUAAUAAUAAUAGUGAUGAUAAUACUAAUAAUAGUCAGUUUAUGUAUGGUGCAGUUUCGUUCUCUUCUAUUAUUUUGAAAUGAUCUAAUCGAAUUUUUAAGUGAUGAAAUUAUCUCUUUGUAUGAAAUAUCUUCGAAGUUACACUUACUGAAUGUACUAAUGGACCUACUAGACAAUGUUUUUUUAAAUCUUUCCCAUCCCCUUUGUAAUAAUAAUAAUAACAACAACAACAAGACAAUUGUAUUUGUGUUUUUGCUAAUGAUAUGACGACCAUUAUUAACCUCUGUGUGUUUCUCUCAUACAAUAAAUAACAGUAAUAGUUACAUGUAAUGUAUAUGUCUAUCUGUGCUAGAGAUUAGUUUGAAAAUUAGAAAAAGAAAAUGAAAGAAAUGACCGGUUGCAUUUGAUCUUUCAUCAUUGUGAAUGUUUUCUGUAUUUGUUUGUUUUUCAAUUAUUUGACUACAUUUAAUUACAUAUCACGUCAUUUUAUUAACGAACACUAUCACUACCAACUAUUAACGUUGACAUAUCAAAUUAUAUAUCUUUUAUAAAAAGAAAGUAUUAACUUAGUAGGAUUAUGUGACAAUCCUGUUGACGAACUCUGGCUGUGAUUGCCUCCUAUUCUUUACGUCUUUUUUUAAUCAAGAAAUUCCGAUUGGUAUAACCACAUAUCAAUAUAUAUAUAUAUAUAUAUAUAUAUAUAUAUAUAUAUAUAUAUAUAUCCGUCCAUUCAUCUUAUGUAACACAUGCAUAUCACGUAUACAUUACACUGUUAUUGUGCUUGUUUGUUUGGUUUUUUUGCUAUAUAUUAUUAGUUUUGAUGAGUAUUUUCUCAUUUUUAACAUAACUUGAAGACUUGUUUUUUCACAAUUAAUGGUAUUUUUUCUGUUUUGUUUUCUUGUCCACUUUUUACUUCUGUCGAUAAUUUGUACUACGAAACAUAUCAAUUCAUGGAAUAAUUAUCAUUAUAGUACAAAUACUUAGUGUGUGUAUGUGUGUAAUGCUUGUAUGUGUACGGCUACAAUGUUCAUUUUACGUUCAUUUUUGAUAGAUAUUUGUUUUCCUAAUUCACUUCAUAAUCAUAAUAGUGGGAUUCAAGAAUCUUUAUUUCGGUGGCUGUGUUCCUCAUCGUGGAGAGAAAAAAAAUCUUUAUGAUGUGAUGUACUCUAAAAUUUUUCUGCCUUUGUUUUUUUUUCUAAUAUUAAUUUACUGAAGACAUACACACAUACAGGGCUGUGAAACCAACCUUAUACAUACAUAUCGUGUACUUCUUCUUUUGAAGUAUUAUAUAAUGGUAAGAUGGCUCACUAGUACUGAUAAGCGAACAAUAGUGACAAUACUGAGUUUUGUUAUUAAUAUUAUUCUUUCUUAUAUAUGCAAUAUCCUUGCAAAUUUGUUUGACUAUGUUGUUUCUUCUCUCUCAUUUGUUGUUCAUUUAAAUUCAUCUAACAUUGAAUCGUGUAUUUGCAGGGUGAACAUGAUGUUUGCCGCCAUUGUUUGUAUUUGAUAAUGUUAUAUCACAUCAUUUAUGAUGGUUUUAGUAUAUAUAAAUAUUUACAU